AUGAGUGUUUUCAAAGAACUAUCAUCAUGGUCCUCUCCAUCAUACAUCCAAACCUCACCAACACCAUCAGUCGGCAACAAAGCACCAUCGUGCUCACGAUUGCUCCUUCCAGCCGAUAAUGGAAAGCCAACGGUCAUAUCAUUCCUUCGACACUGUGGAUGCCCAGUGGCGGAAGCUACUUUUAUCACGAUGAGAGAUGCAGCAACCCAGUACCCCAAUAUCGACUUCAUAGCCGUAUCUCACAGCGACCAGGCCUCGACGGAGAAAUGGCUGGAAGCCUUAGGUGGUCCUGGUAACCCUUCUUCGGGCUCUGUGACUGUGAUUGUCGAUGCUGAGCGUGAGAUCUAUGCAAAAUGGGGCUUAGGGGUUGUUUCUUGGAGCCAUCUUUUCAAUCCAGCGGCAUUAUGGGGGGUCUUGAAGAUCGGGAAGGAAAAGGGUAUCUGGAAUAGACCAACAGAGAGCGGGAGUAGGUGGCAGUGUAGUGGGCAUUGGGCUGUUGAUGGAGAGGGUGUUGUUCUCUGGGGAGGCCCAGCUGCCAGGGCAGAUGAGACCAUUGAUAUUAAGAAGGCUGUCGAUGCUUUGCAAUAG